AUGCGUCUCUCCACCUGCUGGCUCGCCGCUCUCUUGUCCGCCGGUGUUCUCGCCCAGGGAUCCGAUGACAGCGACAAGUCGAGUUCCGCAUCCGGCUCCGGAUCCAGCGCCAACACGGUCGUCCUCACCGGCACAAACACAAAGCCCAGCGUGAGCGUGCCCACCGGCACUUACAUCUCUUACUCGUCCACCGUUCGCGUGAGCACCGGCGACGAUGACGGAUCCGCCGGCACCAAGACCAAGACUGGCACCGCGGGCGCUUCAUCCGAGGCUAGCAUCAGCGAAGAGAAAACCGUCACGGUGAAGACCCAGCACACCAUCACCUUGCUCACCGGCGCCGACGGCACGCGCACAUACACGGGCGGCCCUCUGACUCCCACCCCUGGCAAUUCCACUGCCUCCGAGACCAGCAGCUCCGCGGCUCCCACCAACACUCAGCCAUGCAACGGCUACACGGAACUGUGCUCGCGCAAGUACUCCAACGUGACCGAGGUCUGCGCCCACAACUCGCCUUUCACGAUCAAGAACAACGCCGCGAGCAACCAGAACUACGACGUGACCACCCAGCUGAAUGAUGGCAUACGGAUGCUCCAAGCACAGGCCCACUACAACGGUACUGGGAAAUUCAACCUGUGCCACACCUCUUGCGAUAUUCUCAACGCCGGCACGCUCGUGGAUUACCUCAAGGAAGUCGCCAGCUGGGUGCAGCAGCAUCCUUACGACAUUGUCACCAUCCUGAUUGGCAAUGCCGACUACGCCACCGCGACCAACUUCACCACUCCCAUCGAGGACUCCGGCCUCAAGGCGUAUGCGUACGAGCCGCCGGUGAUUCCAAUGGGCGUUGAAGAUUGGCCGACGUACACGGAGAUGAUCCUCACGUCGAAGCGCGUCGUUUUCUUCUUGGAUUAUCAGGCAAACCAGACAGCCGUGCCAUAUCUCAUGGACGAAUUCAGCCAGCUGUGGGAGACGCCUUUUGAUCCGACCGACCAGGCGUUCCCUUGCACCGUGCAGCGCCCCCCAGACCUUCCUCAGGACCAGGCCAAGAACCGCAUGUACAUGAUCAACCACAAUCUCAACGCGGACAUCUCAAUCCUCGGGAACUCGAUCCUGGUGCCAAACAAAGUCAAUCUGACUCUGACAAACGCCAAUACCACUGAAUACGGCGCUCUGGGCCUUUCGGUCGAUCAAUGCACGGACAUGUGGGGCAGACCUCCGAACCGCCUGAACGUCGAUUAUUACAAUAUCGGCAACAUCAACGGAAGUGUCUUUGCCGCCGCUGCGGAUGCCAACAACGUCACGUACAAUGGCAAGUGCUGCGGGCUCGACAGCACUUCUGAUGCCGUGACCGACUCGGCAGCGCGACCGCUGCUUGCGCUGGCCAUCUCCGUCUUCGUCGGCGUUGCCGUCCUGUAG